AUGAGCAGGGCACGGGGUCACCGUGGAGCUAGAGAGCCUUCUGUGGAUCCUUCUGUGGUUGCUCAAUCUGCUGGGGUUGCUGGGCAAGUAUUUGUGGGUACUGAUGAGCAGAGACUCAUUUCUUUUAGAAAACAUAAACCGCCAUCAUUUCAGGGGUCAAGGGACCCGAAAGUAGUGACUACCUGGUUGAGGGGUAUGGACAAGAUAUUUCAGGUUAUGGGGUGUCAGGAUCCCCAGAGGUUAUUAUAUUCUGUUUAUAUGCUUGAGGGAGAUGCCCACGAGUGGUGGUACACUACAUCUCAUCCUUUUAUUAUUCAGGGGGGAGAAAUCACCUGGGCCUUAUUUGAAAGAUUAUUCCAUGAAGAGUACUUUCCCAGGGAUGUUCGAGAAGCUAAACAGGGUGAAUUUCAGAAAUUGGUACAGGUGAAAUUUGCUAAUUAUGGGGAUGUGCUGCCGACUCCUGAGUUCUUAUCCGCCAAGUUUCAGAGAGGUCUUAAUGAGAAAAUUGCAAAAAGAAUGUCCAAUACUAUUGUGAGGAAUUUUGCGGAUCUUGUGACCCAGUGCAAACAGGUAGAAAGUGUUUAUAAUCGCUAUCCAAAAUCUGGUUCUUCGAGGACAUCUGGUCCUCCAGGUAAUAAUAACAAGGGUGGUUAUCAUCAGAAUAACAACAGAGGUAGGGGGUUGCAG